UUGGUCAAUAACUCAGAGUUUGCGGUGCGUCGGUUGAUUAAAUUUGUGAAACGAAUGGCUGAUUUUAAUCUACUUCGCCAAGAAGACCAAAUAAAUGCGUUAAAAGCAUCGGUUGUGAACACUCUUUUAUUACGAUCUGUGGCUUUUUAUAUAGUGGAAAGAGACUCCUGGUUGACUCCAAAUGGUGAAAUUUCUACCAAAAUACUAAAAACAACGACUCGUCAUAGUGAUUUAUAUGAAAGUCAUAUCAAAUAUUGUCGUGGUCUAAAAUCUCUGGUUGUGAAUAAUACUAAACUAUUUGCACUUAUACAAACUAUGAUUGUAUUUAAUCCUGAUGCUAGUAAUAUUCAACAACGCAGUAAGGUUGCUGAUAUACAAGACAGAUACUUAAUUUUACUCAAACAUUAUCUAGAAAAUGUAUAUUCCUUUGAAUUUGCUAAAAAUUAUUUUGUAGCAAUAUUAAGUAAACUUUAUGAAUUGAAAACCAUUAGUGACAAUCAUGCUCGAGUUCUGCUACAAGUGGAUCCAGCAGAAAUUGAACCAAUCAUGCUAGAAAUAUUAAAUCUGAAA